GCGGAGGAAGGCGCCUAGAGCCGGAAGAGCAGCGGCGAGGCGGUGGCUGCUGAGUCCGUGGUGGCAGAGGCGAGGGCGACAGCUCCAGAGGGUGGCGGCGGCCCCGAGAGCAGGAUGCGGGUCCGGAUCGGGCUGACGCUGCUUCUCUGUGCGUUGCUGCUGGGCUCGGCCUCGGCGUCCUCGGAUGAAGAAGGCAGCCAGGAAGAAUCCUUAGAUUCCAAGACCUCUUUGCCAUCAGAUGAGUCUGUAAAGGACCAUACUACCGCAGGCAGGGUAGUUGCUGGUCAGAUAUUUCUUGAUUCAGAAGAAUCCGAGUUAGAUCCCCCUAUUCAAGAAGAAGAAGACAGCCUCAAGAGCCAGGAGGGGGAAAGUGUCGCAGAAGAAAUCAGCUUUCUAGAGUCUCCAAAUCCAGAAAACAAGGAGUAUGAGGAACUAAAGAAAGUACGGAAACCAGCUUUGACCGCCAUUGAAGGCACAGCACAUGGGGAGCCCUGCCACUUCCCUUUUCUGUUCCUGGACAAGGAGUACGAUGAGUGUACAUCAGAUGGGAGAGAAGAUGGCAGGCUGUGGUGUGCGACAACCUAUGACUACAAGGCAGACGAAAAGUGGGGCUUCUGUGAAACUGAAGAAGAGGCUGCUAAGAGACGGCAGAUGCAGGAAGCAGAGAUGCUGUAUCAGACUGGUAUGAAGAUUCUCAACGGCAGCAAUAAGAAAAGCCAAAAGAGAGAAGCAUAUCGGUAUCUUCAAAAGGCAGCAGGCAUGAACCAUACCAAGGCCCUGGAGAGAGUGUCAUAUGCACUUUUGUUUGGUGAUUACCUGACACAGAAUAUCCAGACAGCGAGAGAAAUGUUUGAAAAACUGACCGAGGAAGGUUCUCCCAAGGGACAAACUGCUCUUGGCUUUCUUUAUGCCUCUGGACUUGGUGUUAAUUCAAGUCAGGCAAAGGCCCUUGUAUAUUAUACUUUUGGAGCUCUUGGGGGCAAUCUAAUAGCCCACAUGGUUUUGGGUUACCGAUACUGGGCUGGCAUUGGUGUCCUCCAGAGUUGUGAAUCUGCGCUGACUCACUAUCGUCUUGUUGCCAAUCACGUUGCUAGUGAUAUCUCGCUAACAGGAGGCUCGGUAGUACAGAGAAUUCGGCUGCCUGAUGAAGUGGAAAAUCCAGGAAUGAACAGUGGGAUGCUAGAAGAAGAUUUGAUUCAGUAUUACCAGUUCCUAGCCGAAAAAGGUGAUGUGCAAGCACAGGUUGGUCUGGGACAACUGCAUCUGCAUGGAGGGCGUGGAGUAGAGCAAAAUCAUCAGAGAGCAUUUGACUACUUCAAUUUAGCAGCGAAUGCUGGCAAUUCACAUGCUAUGGCCUUCUUGGGAAAGAUGUAUUCGGAGGGAAGUGAUAUUGUACCUCAGAGUAAUGAGACAGCACUUCACUACUUUAAGAAGGCUGCUGACAUGGGCAACCCAGUUGGACAGAGUGGGCUUGGAAUGGCCUACCUCUAUGGGAGAGGAGUUCAAGUUAAUUAUGAUCUGGCGCUAAAAUAUUUCCAGAAAGCAGCUGAACAAGGCUGGGUGGACGGGCAACUGCAGCUCGGUUCUAUGUACUACAAUGGCAUCGGAGUCAAGAGAGAUUAUAAACAGGCCUUGAAGUAUUUUAAUUUAGCUUCUCAGGGAGGCCAUAUCUUGGCUUUCUAUAACCUUGCGCAGAUGCAUGCCAGCGGCACAGGUGUGAUGCGAUCAUGCCACACUGCGGUGGAGUUGUUUAAGAAUGUGUGUGAACGAGGCCGUUGGUCUGAGAGGCUUAUGACCGCCUAUAGCAGCUACAAAGAUGGCGAUUACAAUGCUGCAGUGACCCAGUACCUCUUACUGGCUGAACAAGGCUAUGAAGUGGCCCAAAGCAAUGCAGCCUUCAUUCUUGAUCAGAGAGAAGCAACCAUCGUAGGUGAGAAUGAAACGUAUCCCAGAGCUUUGCUACAUUGGAACAGGGCUGCCUCUCAAGGCUAUACUGUGGCUAGAAUUAAGCUUGGAGAUUACCAUUUCUAUGGAUUUGGCACUGAUGUAGAUUAUGAGACUGCAUUUAUUCAUUACCGUCUGGCUUCUGAGCAACAACACAGUGCACAGGCUAUGUUUAACCUGGGGUAUAUGCACGAGAAAGGACUGGGCAUUAAACAGGAUAUUCACCUUGCAAAGCGUUUUUAUGACAUGGCCGCUGAAGCCAGCCCCGAUGCACAAGUGCCAGUCUUCCUGGCUCUCUGCAAGUUAGGCGUUGUCUAUUUCCUGCAGUACAUACGGGAAACAAACAUUCGAGAUAUGUUCACCCAGCUUGAUAUGGACCAGCUUUUGGGACCUGAGUGGGAUCUUUACCUCAUGACCAUCAUCGCAUUGCUGCUGGGAACAGUGAUAGCAUACAGACAGAGGCAGCACCAAGACAUGCCUGUCCCUAGGCCUCCGGGGCCACGGCCAGCUCCCGCCCAGCAGGAGGGGCCGCCCGAGCAGCAGCCACCACAGUAACAGCCACCAUGCCUGGCCUUGGUCAGUGACAACUAAGACAGUUGUUCGCUGAGAACACUUGCAGUUGAUUUAGGGCUCUGGCUCAGUGGUCACAUCCUGGAGGAGGCACAAGGAAGCAUUGAAUUCCUAACGCUGCUUAGAACCUGAUGCCUUUAUCUUCAGGGAUAAGUAACUCUUACCUAAACUAAGUUGAAUGUUUGUUUCAGUGCCAUAUGGAAUAACAACUCUCUCAGUGGCUUUUUUUUUUUCAUGGAAACAUAUGUGAGACACUCAACAUAAUGUCUGCUGUAUCCAGCUAUCUUUCUUGGAUCCCUUUAGUCAUUCUUUCAAUGUGCAUAAGUUCUUACUAUCCACCAUCUUUAAGGUAUUGUGCAUCGACACUAAAAACUGAUCAAUGUAAAAAGGAAAACCCAAUUAGUUGCAAGUUUAACCUUAAACAUGUUUGAAAGUCUGAAAAUAGAACUUGCCUUUUAAGUUAAAAAAAAAAGUCUUCGAAGGGUUUUAGACCUGUGGUAACUGAGCAACUUUUACCAGGCCACAUGGAAAGAUCCACGUUCAGCAUAUUUGUUAUUUCAUAAGGGAAUGUUGGGAGGUUUCUUAUUAUUGGUGAUUAUCACAUUUUAUACCAUAUUCCCCUUCUUCAAAGACUGAAAGUCCUUGCUAAAGAGUUUUUUGUAAACUGUACUUCUUUGGAAUGGAACAUAUAUAUAUAUAGAUAUAUAUAUAGAUAUAUAUAUAUAUGUAAAACUUUGUGAACUGACUCCUUGCAUUAACAUGUGAAUUUGCUCUGUAAUUUGCUUGUUUUGAAUACACAGAGCCUCAAUCCAGAAGCCAGAGGAUGGACAAAAUGGGAGAAAUUAGAAAGCAAUAUUAAAGAAACUCUGUAUGGGGUACCAGGAUCAUAGAUCCACUUUCUCAAAAGUUGAAGCAUUUGUGCCCAGAAUUCAUUUUAUGUUGCAUUUCUUAUUGCACAAAGAAAAGAUCCACCCUCCUGAAGCUUUAAAUAUGAAAUCGCCAGGAUAUGGCACCCAGGAGCUACCAUUGUCAUACUCAGGGCAUCAAAGGUGGGUGGAACUCAGUGGUUGCCGAAAGCUGAAGCCUGUCUGUACCCUCUGUAUAGCUGAGGUCGCUUUUUAUUUCUGACAGUAGCAAGUCAGCCGCUACCUUAGUUCUCAUGUUCACCAUGCUUCCACUGUCAACCUUAGGAAAAUCAAGGCCCCUAUACUUCAGGAUUGUCUGAUUAAAUAGCAUGGGGAAAAAUGACAAAAAAGAGAACAGAAUUUCACAUAAUCACAUGAAUGUAAGAAUUAAAGCUUAGACCAAAUUUGUCUUUGAUCUUAUUGUCAGAUGGUGGCGUCCACCCUCCUGUGUCUCAUCUGGGACUGCUUGUGUUUCUGAGCAGGCCUUCUGCACCCACUGACAUCAGUCCAUUCAUAUACUUUUUUUACCACAAUCCCUCAUCUGCCAGAAAACUUGAAGAGUUGAUUACUCAUAGAGUUAUGAUGCUUUGGGUUUUGAAGUUGGGGUUGUAUUUAGAUCUAGAUUUAAUUAGUCUAGAAUGAACAUGAAGGCUUUCAAUGUGAAGUUGUAUACUUAUUUUGUGUUUAGAGUAUUAUGGGAAGCAGGCUUUCCCCCCAGACCAUUGCUUCCAAAUUUGAAGAGGUGGUCCCAGAGAGAACCGAAUGUGUGAAAGCACAUCUGUGAAAGGUGGGGAGUUUUACCCUCAAAAGCGUAACGCCACUUGGGCAGCUCUUGUAAAUACUAAGGCUUGUUUGACCUCUUACGCAUAGAGAUGUGAGUGCAACUGGCACAGUACGUUGGUGUCCACCCAGCUGCCUCUUCUCCCCGCUUCAAAUAAGUACAGUUGGUAGUAGCAGCCACGUAUCAUUAGAAAGAACUGUUUUAAUUUAUUUAGAAGUUGAAAAACCCUCGAAGACAACUUUUCAUCUUUUCCUUCUGCCAUUGUCUAAUUUCUCUUUCAGCAGCAUCUCCUUCCAUCUUUUACUUCCCUUCAUGGUACCUUGAGAAAACAUUUCUAACAACAGAGUGCACUACCUAGGGCUGGAUGGGAAAGCGUAGUCUUGUUCUUCAUGUAAUAACAAACUUCUAUUAGUUUACCACUUGCCUUUUUUAUUAUUGGUAUUCCAAAUAUCCUUUCCUUGGCUUGUUUCCACUUCCUGUUUUACCCUGGGUCAUUUGCUACCAGAAAUUUGAACAGUAUCUUUAAAAUUAACUAAGUUCUUAGGACUUCAUUUAAAGACUGUCUCAAAAUACUUUGCUCCCUUUUUCUUUUUUGUUCAUGGGACAUGGUACCUAAGCAAAUAGGAAUUGGGUUUGGUUUUUCUCCUAACAUAAUGCUCAAUACUUACCUAAUCAAAUGGCAUCCAUUUGAAUAAAAUGACAAUAACUAAAGCUAGUUAAUGUCAGUGACAUUAAACUAACUCCAGGAUUCAGGAGUUGUAGUGUUAGAGUUUAGACUUAUCAGAUGGAGUGUGGCUUCCUUUCUCUUCCAGUAGCCCAUCUCUCCUGAUUCCUUUUCUAGUUGAUCUUGCUGCUUUCAAAGGUGAUGACAGUGGUACUCUUUAGCUUGUAUCACCUUGUGCAUUUGGUUUGUUGGUUAGCCAGCUGUCUUGAGACUGUCCAUUUUGCUUCUGUUUUAUUUUACAAAAGUAGCAUUGGCAGGUUUCUUUUUUAUUCUUGUAUUUGAAGUUUUUGUUUCUGGUUUUUCUAGGUGAGGCUUAUCUUAUUUUUGAUUACUAGUCAGUGGCACAGAAAAAGUAAAUCAAAGACUUUUUUCAAAAUUCAUUAUUAGCACUUAAAUAAGAUUAACUUAUGAAUCAUUCAUCUUAAUACUCUUAAGGAGUUGCUACUUUUCUUCCUAUAAGAUUAAUUUCUGAGAGUUUUACCACUAAGCUGUUUUAUCUCUGUACCAUUGGGAAGUUUGGAAACGUCCAGUGAUCUGGUGAUGAUCUGAUGAUUUAUUUAAUUAAGGAGCUUCUGAUCCCUCCAGGAAACUUAAGUAUUCUAUAUAUAGGAUUUUUUUCUUUGUUUUUCCCUGUAUUCAUUGCUUCUCAUGUUUGUUCUUUAAACCAAUGUUUUGGAAGUAUGCAUGGAGGCCUAUAAAUGAAAACCACAAUUCUUCAUGUGUGUAGCAUGUGGAUUCAUGUCUAACUAUAUAUGCAAAAACUUCCUUUACAGAGGUUUGGACUAACAUUUCACAUGCACAUUUCAAAACAAGAUGCUUCAGGUAAACAGCUCCAUGACCUGCCAAGAACAGCAGGGCUAUAUUUGCUCCAGUGACAGCUGGUAUUUGUUUUGGAAGUGAAUCCAACAUACAUUACACAAUAUUAUGACUAGAAGUAUGUAAGAAGUUAUCAGCACAAAAGAAAACUUCUAUUUUCAUUAGUCAUUGCUCUCAAACAUAAGUGAAAAUAUAAAAUUUCUGAAUGCCAUAUUGUCUGAGGCAGUACCUUGUUUUUAAAUGUGUGGCAUUCACUGAAAAGCUAAAUUUCUCCAUCCACUUGGUAUUUCAAGAAAAUUUAAAAUGAUCUCAAGUAAAAAUGAUUUGUAUUUUAAAGUGACUAUUUACACAAGUAAAAAUCCAAUUUUGUGUGCAUGAAAAGGAUCCCUUGGUUAUAUACAGGGAAUCAUCGCAUGUGUGCUGUUCUUCCUAUUUGGUUUGACAAACAGGCUGACACUGUUCUCUUUGAUUUAAAAAAAAAAUUCAUAAAACUCAUAGUGUUGAUAUGAUCGAGAUGUAACCACUAUAAUUAUUUAGGAGAGGAAGUUUAAAAAGACCAUCAGCUGGCAUUGUGAAGAACACCAUGGUAGAUUUUUUUUGUAAGUUUAUUUUGUAUUUAAUGAAAUGCAGCAUAAAGGCUGGUGAAGUGUAGUAUAAUUGUGUAAACAAAAAUAUCCUGUUAAUAGAGAGAUGUACAGAUUCGUUUUGUACUGUAUCUUGAAACUUGUGAAAUAAAGAUUCCACCUCUGGUUA